AUGAAAGCAGUAUCCGCACUUGGAAACCGCUCCACGCAAAUCGCUCAGCGAGCAUGCUACGCGACAGCCCCAAGCUCUGAAAUGUUGCGUUUCCGCUCGCCAGUUCUCCAGACCAACACGGUUCAUUUACAAACAAUUUUUGAAAAAACAAUUAUCUGUUCAGACAAAGUUGGCUCGCUAUGGCGGCAGACACAACGUUGCAGUGCUUCCAGGAGACGGAAUCGGCCCAGAAAUGCUCGAACACGUCGAGAAAAUCUUUCAGCUGGCCAAGGUACUUUUUCAGAACAAGAUCAUAUGUUCAGCGUCCAUUUAUCUAAUUUUUAAGGUUCCUGUGGACUUUGAGACUGUCAACUUAUCUUCGAAAGAAGACGCCAGCGAAGAUCUCGCUGAGGCCAUCACAGCGAUCAAAAGGAACGGAAUAGCUUUGAAAGUAUGUCUGAGAUAAGAGCGAAAUACUGAUUUUGCGUGAACUCUCAGAAAAAAAAGAAUAGCUUAUAAUAUUUGGUUGUUAGGGAAACAUCGAGACCAAGUUCGACAACCCAACAUUCGUGUCUCGCAACAUGGAGCUCCGCCGACAGUUGAACUUGUACGCCAAUGUCCUCCACUGCGCUUCCAUCCCCACCAUUCCCAGCCGUCACAAGGUUCGAACAUUUUUUGUUUUAUUCAUUGAAAUCGUGUUAUUUUUUGAGAACAUCGAUAUGGUGAUCAUUCGUGAGAACACAGAAGGCGAGUAUUCUGGAAGAGAGCACGAAGCGGUUGGAUCUCCUCGCGUCGUCGAAAGCUUGAAGGUUGGAUUUUUGGAGUUUAUAAGUGACUUUGCAUUGAAACAUGCUCAGGUUGUGACUCGGGAGAAAUGCGAGCAGAUCACCCGUUUCGCCUUCCAAUUCGCCAAGAAGUACAACCGCAAGAAGGUGACUGCCGUCCACAAGGCCAACAUCCAGAAGCUCGGCGACGGUCUUUUCCUCAAGAUCGCCGGCGAAAUCGCCAAAUCUGAAUAUCCCGACAUCGAGUUCAACUCCAUGAUUGUCGAUAACGCCUCCAUGCAGUUGGUGAGAUUUCAACUCAAAUUAAUUUUGUAGAAGUAUCUGAGUUCCGAUCUUUUAUUUUCAAUGAUUUCCUUAUCCCAUUAAUAUUUAGCAGUGAUUAAAUCAGGUUAAAAAGAAUGGAAGACAGCUGAAAUAUCAUUGUUUGGAGGGUGUUGGGAAUAAUUUUUUUGGAUUUGAUUUUAAAUGUUUCAUUAAAAAGAAACGCUUAUAAUUCUCCACAUUAUUUAUUUUUUUCUGAGAAUCAAGCGAUUAUUGUUUACGUCUUAUUCUUAUAUUCAACGAAUGAAAUGUACCGUUUUUUGCGUAAAUCUCAUGUUUCAUGUCGCAAAACAAAAGGAGAAUAUUCUUUUUUUUUCUAAAGCAUGUUAUUCAGCUUUGAAUUUUUUCUGAAGAAAUCAGGCCUCUAAAAGUUGCGAAAAAGAUAUACGAAAAUUUGCCGUUUACUCGGAGAUUGGAUUGGAAAUAGAAAUGAAUUUUUUUUCUGGAGAAGGAAAAGUUUGAGAUUAUUUCCAUAAGUAGAUAAGGAAUUUCUUGAGUUGAUGAAAGUUUUCACAAUCGUUACUUCGAAGUCCAUACGAUAACCAAUUUUGUGUAAAAUCUUAGGAAAAUGAAAAAUGAUCGAUUUCUCGCGGAGUUGAAAGAUAGUAGGUGGCCAAUUAUUCAUUUUUUUUAGUAAUUUUUUUUUUUCUCUGACCGAUAGUUUUUUGGGAACUUGUAGGUGGCACGACCGCAGCAGUUUGAUAUCAUGUUGAUGCCCAAUCUCUACGGCAACAUUAUUUCGAACAUCGCCUGCGGACUCGUCGGCGGCCCCGGCCUCGUCUCCGGCAUGAACAUCGGCGACGAUUAUGCCGUUUUCGAAACUGUAAAGAGAGGAAAAGAAUCAGAAGCUAAGCCGUUGUUCAGGGCACCCGCAACACGGGAACGACUCUCGCCGGAAAAGAUCUUGCCAAUCCGACCGCAUUCAUUCGCGCUGCCGUCGACAUGCUUAGGUUUCGCUCUUUUCAACAUAUGAUCACACAAAUUGUUUGUUUUUUUCAAGUUUUUAGUCCCCGUAAAUUGCGGCGUCUUGUAUCAGAUUUCUGAUCUUCGAGUUAUUUUAAAACAGUGAAAUUUUAGCACUGCUAUCAUGUCUGAGCCUGAAAGUUGGUAUGGAGGUUUCUGAGAAAAGUUAGAACGAAAGAGGGUUGGAAAAUGUUUUUCCUAUAAUAUAUUUUUCACUUAUGUUAUCAUUACCUUUUUUCCAUAUUUUUCCCAAAAGAUUUUUAUGAGCUGGAAUCGUGUUUACGAAACUCUCUCAAAGAUCAAAGAUUUUGCUACAUUUUGUUAGACAACUUAUUUGUUGACAUAAAAUAUUUAUUAUAUAUGAGUACUCUCAAUGAUUUGACUGUUUUUUUUUUCGAGAUCAAGGAGCAAAAAUAAAAAUCUUCAGAUUCCUCGGAUUGACGGCGCACGCAAACGUCAUUUCGGACUCGCUGUUCAGAACUCUGGUCGAAAAGAGAAUUCAUACCAAAGAUAUUGGCGGAGAAGCUAAGGUCUGCGGAAAAUCCGCGUACGGGGCUCAUUCCAAGAGUUUGCAGGCCUCGGAACUGAUCGCUUCUGUUUUGGAGUUCAUCGAAAAGGAGAUCCAAGAGACCAACUUCCGACCAUGA